UCAUAAUUUUAAUCAUCUAAAUAUUUUUAUAAGUUAUUUUCAAAAUAAUCAAAUUAUAUAACCUACUGAGAAUUUACAUAAUUGAGGCAUGUUCAUUAAGUAUUACUAUUUUUAUAACUAUAGUAUAAUUAACAAAUGACAAUACUAUAACUCAAUUUAUAUGAAAUUUAAAAUUUAUACCAUAUCACAAUAAUUUUCCCUUCACAAUCAUAGCUAAAAAGAAAAAUAAUUAUGUUUUUUUUGUUGGAUUGGGUUAGGCUUGUAAAACACCUUGUUGGGCUAGCCCAAUUUCCUCUUUUAAAUUUACUUUUAUUAAAUGGAAAACAAAAAUAGAAAGUAGGAAAAGCAGGCGUGAAGUCAGCCUUGUAUAUAAGAGAAGAUCGAUAGCAGGUUUCUCCUUGCGCCUAGCCCCUUAGAUUUUCGUUGCUCUGUCCCAAACAUUUUCGCAUAUCAUCAUCGUCAUCAUCUUUAUUUUGCUCAGAGCCCAGGGUUAGGAGGUGUGGAUUAGCGCAAACAAACCCCAAAUCCCGCUAAUCAGAGCGUCUUCCCCACCUGUAUUAAACUACCGCCAUUUCUUUUUCCUUUUCAUUGACAACUAAUCUCUCUGUACAUUCUGAUCCCAAAAAGAAUACCCAGAACAAAGAAAACCCAAGUUGUCUUUUUUUUGUUCUUUGGGUUUGUGUAGAUUUUGUUCAGGAUUUUGAGUUUGUUUUCUUGUUUUGUUUGGAGAUCAUAAAAGAAACGGAUUUCUUUUUUAGUUUGUGUUUCAUUUGUAAUUAGCAAAAAGAAAUGGACAAGAAAAGGAUUGCGGUCCCACUUGUAUGCCAUGGCCAUUCACGUCCCGUCGUGGAUCUCUUUUACAGUCCUGUUACUCCAGAUGGCUUUUUUCUCAUUAGUGCCAGCAAAGAUUCCAGCCCCAUGCUGAGGAAUGGAGAAACUGGAGAUUGGAUAGGAACGUUUGAAGGACACAAGGGCGCAGUGUGGAGUGUUUGCUUGGACACAAAUGCUUUAUGCGCUGCUUCUGGCUCUGCUGACUUUACUGCGAAAGUGUGGGAUGCACUAACAGGUGAUGUAUUGCACUCAUUUGAGCACAAGCAUAUAGUUCGAGCCUGUGCUUUUUCAGAGGAUACGCACCUUCUAUUGACUGGGGGAGUGGAGAAAGUCCUUCGUAUUUAUGAUUUGAAUUGUCCAGAUGCACCCCCCAGAGAAGUGGACAAAUCUCCUGGUUCAGUCAGAACUGUUGCCUGGAUGCAUAGUGAUCAGACAAUAUUAAGUUCCUGCACUGAUAUGGGGGGUGUCAGAUUAUGGGAUGUAAGAAGUGGUAAAAUAGUUCAAACACUAGAGACCAAGUCAUCUGUGACCAGCGCUGAAGUGAGUCAAGAUGGUAGAUAUAUAACAACUGCGGAUGGAUCUACAGUUAAGUUCUGGGAUGCAAACCACUUUGGGUUGGUAAAGAGCUACAACAUGCCAUGCACGGUUGAAUCAGCUUCAUUGGAACCAAAGUAUGGAAAUAAAUUUAUUGCUGGAGGAGAAGAUAUGUGGGUUCGCGUUUUUGAUUUCCACACUGGGGAUGAGAUAGCAUGCAAUAAGGGUCACCAUGGUCCUGUACACUGCGUGCGUUUCUCACCAGGAGGGGAAUCAUAUGCCUCAGGAUCUGAGGAUGGAACCAUUAGAAUAUGGCAGACAGGCCCUUUGAUUCAUGAUGACGUUGAACUGUUUGCAGCCAAUGGGUCAGUUGGAAAGGUGAAGGUAUCUACAGAAGAGGUUUCACGCAAGAUUGAGGGCUUCCAUAUUGCAGAAGACGGCAAGACCAAAGAAAAAGAAGCAGAGAAUGAGUAACAAGGGUGAUGAUUCCGAUCCGACCUGUCUCUGCAGGCAUAACCCCCUUAAGCAACGAUCGUCAUGAUAGUUUUUCUUAUCAGACAUAGAUGGACUAGACUGCAUUUUUUUUUUGGGUAUAAUUUCUAGUCUUUGGUACAUUUAACAUAUGUGGACUAGACCAAAAUGUAUUCUAAAUGAUAUAAUGGCAUCUUCAAUUUUAUAUUGCGGUCUAUGCAAAGGAGUAUUAUUUGUGGUGGAUACUAUGAUCUCUAAGCAACCGAAUGUGCAAUGAUGCCCAUUACAGGUUACUUUUUUUCUUUUGUUUACUAAAUGAUUAACUUAUGUACUAUUUUAACCAAAUAAUCGAAUAUUGCCC